AUGGAAUCUGGAUUGCAAACCGAGGAUGUCCAGCUCCAUGGUUUCUGCGACUGCCAGCCCAAAAGUCACGUUUCUUUUUCGCAUUCCCAUUCGCUUAGGAGGUGGACUCUUCUCGUGGCUCCACUGCAUCGCAUGCUGGACAGCGAAAAGAUUACAACUAGAAACACAGUCAAUCGUAAAGUCACCGCUACGGGAUUCGUUCGCACCACAGCUGUCAUUAACCCCAACGACAACAUCACCCAACUACGAACGACUAGAAGGCACAAUGGGCCAAGUAGACUCGAUGGGACGAAGAAGUUGACGUGGAAGAAGUUCUCUUUGGGCGCUGCGCUCCUCGUUGGGGUGAUGUGGCUUUGCGGGCCAAGGGCGCAUACGUUCUCGUGGCGGGGGAAUGGUAAUGCUGGUUUAGAGGAGGAAGGAUACAAAACGGUCACAGUGCCUUCCCCUUCCAAAACGCACCACCAACAAACCCAACAACACCAUUCGUCCCCUGCUCCAAAACCACCCACCACCCACCCAGACUCGUACGAAACUGAUUCAGACCCUUCAUCAACGACACACUAUACCCACCUCUCACUCCUCUUCCGGCACUCUCGGACAAUAUACACGGCCCUUCCCCAGAAUACGAUAUGA